AUGUGUCCAGAGGAUUACUGGCCAAAUAUAUUGAAAAAUUUCUGCAGACUGAAAUAUAUUGAUUUCCUUUCAUAUGAAGAUCCCCUGGGAGCAUCCCUGGCAACAGUUACUGCUGUCUUAUCACUGAUGCCAGCUGUUGUGUUUUGUAUCUUCAUUAAGCAUCAUAACACUCCAGUCGUCAAAGCAAAUAACCGUGAAGUCAGUUACUUUCUACUGUUAACAUUACAGCUAAGUUUGAUAACUGCUCUAAUAUUUAUCGGUCGUCCAAAGACUGUGACUUGUAUUUUCAGACAGACAGCUUUUGGCAUAUUCUUUUCUAUUUGUAUUUCAUCCAUAUUGGCAAAAACCAUCACAGUAGUCAUUGCUUUUAAUGCCACAAAACCAGGAAGCAGUUUGAAGAAGUGGGUUGGGUUAAAGAUGUCAUUUAGUACUAUCUUUUGUUGUUCUCUGUUUCAGUGCUUUAUAUGUGUUGCAUGGUUAUCAGUUUCUCCACCCUUCUCAGAGUUUGACAGAAAUUAUCCUGAGAAGACUCUGAUUCAGUGCAAUGAAGGUUCUGUAUUCAUGUUCUAUUUCAUGCUGGCAUACUUAGGUAUAUUAGCAAUUGUUUGUCUUAUAAUUGCCUUUCUUGCCAGGAACUUACCUAAUAGCUUCAAUGAGGCUAAAUUUAUCACAUUUAGCAUGAUUGUUUUUGUAAGUGUUUGGCUGUCAUUCAUACCAGCUUACAUCAGCACAAAGGGGAAGUACAUGGUUGCUGUGGAGAUUUUUGCCAUCCUUUCAUCUAGUGCUGGAUUAUUACUUUGCAUUUUUACCCCCAAAUGUUAUAUUAUUUUAAUUAGACCUGACAUUAAUACCAGAGAACACAUUACAAGGCAGCAGGCAAAUGCUUAUAAAUCAUAAAGCAAGAAAACACAAGCACCCAGAAUGAUAACACAGAG